AUGAGUCACUCCGGAACGCCUAAAUCUGGCAAGAUGUCCAGUCCUCGAUUGGAUUCGUCUUCGUCUAUUCUGGAUGCUCAUGCUACAAAUUCCAAGCAGCUUCUAAAUGCUUAUAUCUACGAUUUUUUAAUCAAGAGCCGGUUACCUCAAACUGCACGCAUAUUUGUCAACGAGGCAGAUGUGCCCACAUCUCAGAAUUCUUCGUCGUCGUCGAACUCUCCUGGUGAUGGACAGGCUCCCCAUAUCCAGUUUCAAAAGGACAAUAAUCUACCUCAACUCUCAAUGGCGAUGGAUGCCCCGCAGGGAUUUUUGUUCGAAUGGUGGCUGGUUUUCUGGGACGUUUUCCAAGCCAAGAACAAUCGAGGCUCGUCGCAAAUGGCGAUGCAAUACUAUCAACUUCAAAUGAUGAAACAAAGACAACAACAAGAGUUGGCGGGAAUGAACGGCCAUCCCAACAUGUAUGGAGUAGGAGGUCAGGCUCAAGCUCAGACACAGGCACAAGCUCAGGCUCAGGCUCAGGGUCAACCACAGGGCCAACCCCAACAGCUAGAUCCACAACAACAACAGCGCAUGAUGAUGCAAAUGAUGAUGAAGCAACAGAAUAUGCCAGUGAUGCUGGACCAACAAUUACAAAUGCUUGGCCCACAACUCCAGCAGCAGAUGUUCCUUCAAAAGCAACAACAACAGCAACAGCAGCAGGGUCUGUUACCGGGACAGCAACAACUGGCGCAGCAUUCUCAACCGGGACAAUAUCCCCAGAUGCCUGGUUCUCAGUCGCAGUUCCAGCCGCAGCCACAGAAUCGUAUCCAACAGCACGCACAAACCCAGAUGAACAAUCUUCGUCACCAAGCAGCGGUGGCAGCCCAACAACAAUAUCAACCUGGAGAGGCUGGGUCUCCAGCUACUAUGAACCGCUUGAGCCAAGGCACCCCUCAAGUUCCGCAUGGUCAGCAACCCAUGAAUGCAAUUCUGCCAUUUCAACAACAUAUGGCUCAGCCUGUGAAUUCGCAACCUGGACCCAAAACGAAUGAUGCUCAUCCAAAUGGUGCUCAGGGCCCACCGAUGCCUAACGGAACAGCUGGUGGGGAAAUGCUCAAUGGGGCGACCAGCGCUGGUCCCAAUAGGAAUAUCAAUGCCCUCCAGGACUACCAGAUGCAAUUAAUGCUUCUUGAGAAACAAAACAAAAAGCGGUUGGAUAUUGCACGUAAUAACGGCACAACGGACUUUUCGUUGGUUUCCAUGUCCAACAAUGUCAAUAACAUGAACAUGCUACCACCCAAUACUGGCAAUUCCGGUCCCCAGCAAAAACCAUCACCUGGAAUAUCAGGCGGGUCUGGAUCACCUUCAAUCACCAAAGCCCCAUCUCCCGGUAGUAACGGAGCAAAGAAGAAAAAGGAGCGGCCAGUCAAACGAGGUCGUAAGCCCAGUACUUUUGGUGCGUCCCAAGAUGCUGCUCUGGGACCGAAUCUGUCGACAAACCUCAAGAAAGAAUACACCACACCACUUACUCCAUCAUCUGAAGCACCUAAUGAGCCAGCAACAAAGAAGAAGAAGAAGGCAGCCGAUUCUCCAAAGAAACAACCGGCAGCGUCUACGAAUGCCAAAGGGGACAAGAAGGACAAAGAAUCGGGAACGUUCAAUGGCUCUCAACAACCCAAUUUUGAAGGUGGUUCGAAUGAUCAAAUGUUCCCAAUUUUGGGUGGUAGUAGUAAUAACGACAACCAAAUGUUUGGAGCCGGAUCUAAUGGAGGCGGCCUUGACGACAUAGAUUUCGAUUUCAACCUGUUCUUGGAUGGCGGUGCCGAUGCAAACAUGCAUGAUGGAAUAGGAGGGUUCAACUGGGGUAAUGUGGAUGCCAUUGAAGGCUCGGAGCUGUAG